CGAAGAAGAAAAACCGGAAACGAUGCGCGGUUAAGCGAUGUAAACAUAACCGAUAACGACUGAUAAAAAAUACAAAGAUGUCGAUUGUUUUUGUACCCAAGAAACAGCGAGGAAAAGCGAAAAUUAACCAGGAAACAAUACAGAGGUUGCUGGACGAAAACGAUCAGCUGAUCAGAUGCAUCACGGAGUACAUGCAGAAAGGACGAGCAGUGGAGUGCGUUCAGUACCAACAAAUCCUUCACCGCAACAUAGUCUACCUGGCGACCAUAGCAGACGUCAGUCCUGACAGUCCGGCCUCAUCAAAUGGUUUAUCCAACGCUUCGACCCCUGCUAUGAAUGGACAUGAAGGAUCUCAGUGAAUGUUUUAUUAAAAUUAUUUUUCUACUUAUCACAUUCCCACUUCAAAUUUGAACCAUUGCUUCUUAUGUGAUGUUUUAUAUGUUUUUCCUGCACAACAAAGUAC